CUCUCGUGCACCUUCGCCCAGUGAAGUGUGAACUCGCCAGAGUGUUUCGCAUAAGAUUAUUGUAUUUUAUAGCUUCGAAGAUGAAAUUGUUCAUUGUGAUCGCCUCUGUGAUUGCCGCCACUUCGGCCGCGCAUCUGGGAAAUGGCUACAUUCCCCCACCGAGCAAUGCCCUGUCCGCCGGCGGAUCGCCCUUCCUGCAGGGCCCUCGGCCAUCUAACCAGUACUUGCCGCCCGGCGGCCAGAAUUUCCGCCACUCUGCCGGAUUUGGCGGCGCUGGAAGUGGCGCCUUCGCCGGUGCUGGCGCCUCGCACCAGCCCCAGUUCCGCGCCCAGCCCAACUUCGGCGGUCAGGGACAAUACCAGCCACAGCAGUACAACGCCGGACCCCAGAUCCCCAUCCUGCGCUUCAGCAACAACGUCAACGCCGGCGACGGCAGUUAUGAUUUCGACUAUGCCACCGGUAACGGAAUCAUGCACCAGGAGCAGGGACACGUGAACAACUUCGGCACUGAUCAGUCCGAGCAAGUGGUUUCCGGCGCCUAUUCCUACACUGGCGAUGACGGCAAGACCUACUCUGUGAGCUACAGGGCUGACGCCAACGGCUUCCAGCCUGUCGGCGAUCACCUGCCCACUCCACCUCCAAUCCCAGAGGCCAUCGCCAAGUCCCUGGCCAUCGCCGCGAGGACGCCACAGCAGGGCUACAACGACGGCCAGUACAGACCCUCCGGACAGGGCUUCCCGCAAUCCGCCCGCACCCAGCAGCAGUACCUUCCUCCGGCCGUCCAGAGCGCCCGCCAGUCCUUCAACCCCCAGACGGGAUACCACUACUAAGAGCCACGCACUCAUCCCACACAAAUACUCCUCAAGUGGAAGAAUAGAGAUGACAAACGCCUUUGUGUAAAUUAUGUAAUUUAAAACAAUUAUAGCAAAUACUUUUCGAUACUAAAAUACUUAGAGACAA